GUAACAUUAAACAAAUUAAAAUAAUAAAUAAUGAAAAUAAAAAAGUUUUCAAGGCGAGUGUCGCAAGUUUUUAGCGAGAAUGAAUUGGAUUCUCAUAUCAAAGCCGUAAGUUCCGAAGAAAAAAUUAAUUAUUUAAGAUGGGCUGAAUUUAUGGCAAUAUUACUUCUCAUUGAGAUUAGCUGUAACGAUUCAACGACGCUUUAUAUCGAAUUAAACCCAGGAACGGAAUGUUUCAUUAUUCUGUACUUCAUUUUCUCUGUAUUUUUCGGCAUACCGACAUACUUAAUUCAAGUUUUUCUGGGAUUUUAUUCGCGGAAAGGAUACUUCACUUAUGGGUAUAUUAUGCCAGUUGCUAAGGGAGUGGCCUGGACGUUAAUCCUCAAUGACACCUUGCGUCGCAUGUUUGACGUAGCUUUCAUAGCAGUUGGUUUUACAUAUAUUUCACGCAUAUUCCAAACGGAGCUACCUUGGAAAGACUGUAAAUUUUAUGAAGGAGAUUUACCGUGCUACGCUAUGAGUUUUAAAGGAUUUGAUCGUACCUGUGCUGGUUAUAAUGAGCAUCAUAGUAACGUCAGUUCGCUCCAUUAUUUCUAUUAUUCCCCUUUUUUGUAUUUUAAAUACGUCAUUCUCAAAGACCAGGGAAUAGUGUACGAGUGGAUUUAUGCGGCAAUAAUAGUUUAUAUUAUUAUAUUGAUUUUGUUACUGCUUCGGAUUGAAGUGAUUCAGAAGUUCCUGUUUUUCAUGUUCGGUCUUCUUUUCGUCAUGGCAAACGUUCCGAUAUAUUUUGCACUACGUAACAACAGUUCUCUUCUGAGUAAGCCGGUCGUGUUUCCGAUGGGUCUUAAAAAUUGUUUUACCUCCCAUCAUGUCGUUCAUUUGGUUGGAAUAGCCGUACUAAAGGAAUUUAGAGGAACAUAUUUAGUACUCGGAACAUUGGCACCCCCCUCCUUCAUUCCAGAAAGGGAUAUAAUGAUAACGUAUAUUUUGAGGACGAUAAUGUUGUUUUGUGACAUUAUAAUACUCAUGACUGGAUUGAAUUCUUUAGAACAAAAUUACGAAUUGACAGAUUUGAGAUGUGCGGCUUUUGAACCGUCCGCCGUAAUGUAUGCAAUUAUACCCGAUUUAAUCAGCAGGUGGGACGGUGAACGCGUUUGGUUGUUGAUAUGGUUUAUAUCUAAUACGUUAUUUUCCACAUUGGCUUCGUCAGUUACAUUCAGUUGUAUUGUAAUAAGCAUUACGAGAAAUUUCAAGAUUUUCAAGAAACUUUACAACGAGGUGUCGGUCAUUACUUGUGUGAUAUGCUUUAGCAUGAACAUCUUAUUUUUGCAAAGCAACUUUAUGUCGUGGUCGUUCGCAUGGGAACAUACCGGACAUCUGAUUGUCAUGUGUAAUAUUGCCUUCUUAAUUUGUUUAGUACUUCAAGGAUAUUCGCUUUCGAAGUUACAAGACGACAUUCAUUUUUGUUUCAAAGAGAGAGCGUCGAGCUUUUGGUGCCAUGGAUUAAAAUUGACAUCUAUAUUUACCUCGAUGUUUCUGGUGAUCUAUUAUGCAAAAGGUAAAGAACCGUACGUCAGUCAUUUGGAGUUGCAUUACUUUUACAUCAUAGCUGGAUUACUUUUACUUCCGACUGUUGGUAUAGCACUGUUAAUACUGCUGAAGUAUUACUGUCAGGGUAAACUUCACACUUGUUUUAAAACAACGAAAAGUUGGGGUCCGCCUAUUAAAAAGUUGCGAUUUGCUAGAGCCAAAUUUGAAUCAUCGAAAGAUACGCUCAGCAAACUCAGAGGUGGUUGCGGUCAUAAUUGCUUAUUACGUUCUUCAAAACUAAAAGCCACUGUCUAUUCGUUGGAUGUAAGCAGAAGAGAGUUUAUAACGAAAAAUAAACUGGAACACUUAGAAAUAGAAUCUGAUAUGAUGUUUCUCUAGUAAUGUAUCACGAAUCAAUUGAUAUUGCACUGUACUAUAUUUCUACACACUUUUAUUAUUUAUUAGUUUCAAUAAAAACAAAAAGGCUAA